AUACGUCAUGGAUCGCUCCAUUAUCCAGCCUAUGCGUAAGCGUGUGGCUUUAACAGUAGUACACUACGCCUCUCUUCUGCGCAGACUCACGACUAGAGGAAGAGCCAGGUCUCGCUUCCCACAGAGGAUCAUAAGUCUCUAUACAAAGCUCUUAGGAGCUCAUCACCACCAGUAAAACUGUAUAAGCACCGGGUCGACGGGACUGAAGGAAGUGGCGUGACGUACGGGGAGCUGCCUGCUGAAAUCGCCAUGAGUUACAAACCAAUUGCUCCAGCGCCGUCUGGCUCCAACCACACACCACCAGGCUCCUCUGUGCCCUCUCCAUCUCUGCCCUCGUCUUCCAACUUUAGGCCAGCUUUCAGCGACUUUGGCCCACCCUCCAUGGGCUUUGUUCAGCCUGUCAAAGUGUCUCAAGGGUCCACCUACAGUGAGCUUCUGUCUGUCAUUGAGGAAAUGAGCCGUGAGAUCAGGCCUACAUACGCUGGCAGCAAGAGUGCUAUGGAGAGGCUAAAGAGAGGUAUAAUCCAUGCCCGUGCACUGGUCAGGGAAUGUCUUGCAGAAACGGAGAGAAGUGCCCGCACAUAACCUUUUGGAAAGAUUCCUUCACCCCUCACUCUUUCCCUGUAGGAGUCUGGCCUCACUGUCUGUUUUGCAGCCCUUUUUUCUUUUAUCCUCCCACCUUUUGCACUUUCCUCACUGGCUUUUUAUAAGUGCAUUAUGUCCUUCUUGUCUCCACUAUUCCCUGCUUUCCACCACACCCAUUUUGUUCAUACAAACUUAAUGUAAAAAUUCUCAAUGCAGUUUUCUAUCUAUUUUGAACUAAGAGUGUGGGGAAUUUCAACACAAUUUUAAGUAGAGCUGUAUGUAAGACCUUAGUAAAGUGGAUGCAAAGGUUUCAUAUGUUAUUUAAUAACGGCAAUUGAUCAAGAAUGUUUGGUUCUUAGAUUAUGUAAUCAAUGUUCCAACUGCACCUGUGCUCAAGUUUCUAUUCUGAACAUCACUCUGCAACCACUGAAUUAUUUUUUGUUAUUCUGAGGACCUUCACCAUUUGUUGUUUUCAUCAUAUUUUGUAGGGAAAACAUACAUUAGAGGUUUCUAAAUCCCAAGAACUCUGUACAUCUCAAGUCAAUUUGUUAGUAUGGAAAUUUUGUAAACCAGAUUUUUGCAGUUCAGUAUGUAUAUCUUAAUUAAAUAACAAAAAAACUUUUCAA